UUUAAUUUAAUUUAGCUUUUCUUGUUAUGUAAUUCAUCUUUGCAGUUUGAUCAUGUUUUGACUUUUUAUGCUGAGAUAAUCGGAACUUUUAGAAGUUAAUUUGAAGUACUGUUUAGUGUUUAAUUGAGUUUAAUAUUGUAAACUUGUUGAAUUAUGAUCAAAUGUGUUUGUUUUUUCAAGUAAAGUGACUAAAGUGAAGUGUGUUGGUAAGUUUAAGCUGAUUCUGUUUGCAAGCUUUUGUUGAAAUUGUUAUCCUCAUGUUAUUUGUGUGACUGAAUUUUACUAAUUUUAACACUUAAGUAUAAGCUGAAUUUAGAGAGGUUUAUAAUUUCUGUCAGUUGUUGGAACUUAGCAGUUAAAUUAUGACUAUUGAAUGGUUUAGAUUGAAUUACCUGAAUUAAUGAAGUAAAAAACAUAGAUUAUUUGUAAUUCGAGUUCGUUUUACAGCUACCGAGUUAAUUUGAUAUGAAAAUCGUGGUAGUAUAUCGAAUGCUUCUUCCGUAUAAACUUUCUUGCUUGGUUUUGAAGUAAAAUGUUUUUUUUUUCCUGGUUGGUCUUCCAUUAGCGAAAUGGGUUAUGCUAUGAGUAGACUGGAGAUUGAUUCUGAACAUUGUGAUGGGUGUAAGACCAUUAAUGCAAUUGAUAAUGGCCAGAAAUCCAACACAUCGUUCAAUAUUUUAGAUCAUGAAAUUUCCCUUGAAACAAAUUUGAAGUCAAGGCCCCACCAACGACUGGACGAAAUGAUGCCUGGGAAGCGGAAGUUGCCUGUUUCGACGGUUAAAAUGUUAGCGGGUCGAGAAGGUAAUUACUCAGGAAGAGGGAGAUUCUCUGCAGCUGAUCGUUGUCAUAUGCUUGGACGAUAUUUGCCUGUCAAUGGUCCUUGGCUUAUUGACCAGAUGACCAGCCGUGCUUAUGUUUCUCAAUUCUCAGCUGAUGGUUCUCUAUUUGUUGCUGGGUUCCAGGGAAGCCACAUUAGAAUAUACAAUGUGGAGAAAGGUUGGAAAGUACAGAAAAACAUUCUUGCCAAAAGUUUACGUUGGACUGUUACUGAUACAUCUCUUUCACCAGAUCAGCACCAUCUUGUCUAUACCAGCAUGUCACCGAUUGUCCAUAUUGUUGAUGUCAGGUCUACAGCAACAGAGUCACUUGCAAACAUAACAGAGAUUCAUGAUGGUUUGGACUUUUCUGCUGAAGAUUAUGGGGGCUAUUCUUUUGGAAUAUUUUCUGUGAAAUUUUCUACCGAUGGGCGUGAACUUGUUGCUGGAAGCAGUGAUGAUUCAAUAUAUGUCUAUGACCUUGAAGCAAAUAAGCUGUCACUUCGGAUUUUGGCACAUGGAUCGGAUGUUAACACUGUAUGUUUUGCUGAUGAAAGUGGCCAUCUCAUAUAUUCUGGGAGUGAUGAUAAUCUCUGUAAGGUGUGGGAUAGACGCUGCUUUAUUGCAAGAGGCAGGCCAGCAGGGGUCCUUGCUGGACAUUUAGAAGGCAUCACAUUUCUCGACAGCCGUGGAGAUGGUCGUUAUCUUAUAUCUAAUGGUAAAGAUCAGACUAUCAAGCUUUGGGAUAUUCGAAAAAUGACUUCUAACUAUACUUGCAGCGCAGGUCUCAGGAAUUAUGAAUGGGACUACAGAUGGAUGGACUACCCACCUCAGGCAAAAGAUCUGAAGCACCCAGGGGAUCAGUCAGUGGCUACAUAUAGAGGCCAUUCAGUCUUGCGUACGCUUAUUCGCUGCUAUUUUUCCCCCACGUACAGCACUGGCCAAAAGUAUAUAUACACUGGAUCUCAUGAUUCUUGCAUUUAUAUAUAUGACUUGGUAAGCGGAGAACAAGUUGCAGUACUGAAACAUCAUAAAUCACCGGUAAGAGAUUGCAGUUGGCACCCAGAUUAUCCGAUGCUCGUGAGCUCGUCUUGGGAUGGAGAUGUUGUCAAAUGGGAGUUUCCUGGCAGUGGAGAGGCUCCAAUACCUGCAGCCAAGAAGACAAUAAGAAGAAGGCAAUUUUAUUGAUAUAAACCUCAUAUCAGCUGUCUGUUUGUGUUACUCUGUAGUAAAUAUAUGUGGUUCAAUCUGACUUAAAUUUUUACCAAUAUUCAAAUAAUAUGUAUAAUUAGCAUGUAAUUUGAGUUGAUUCAUUUCUGUAAUAGACCAGUUCUGUUGUACAUAAAUAUAUACCAAGGAGGUGAUUUAUAGAUAUUGAAGCAUUUAGUGUCCAA